CGGCAGCCGGCCGGACCCCGCACCUGGCUGGAGGGCGCAAGGCGGCACCGGCGGUGCACGGUCUCCCGCACGAGUGAAGGGACGGUGGCGGCCGGAGUAGGUCAGGCCGCGCGGACAGAGCUCCCGGCUCGGGCAGGUCACCUCCACAGGGCAGCAGCCAUGAGCCUGGUGGCCUGCGAGUGCCCUCCGGGCCCCGGCCUGGAGCCUGAGCCUUGCUCCCGAGCACGGUCCCAGGCCCGUGUGUACCUGGAGCAGAUUCGCAAUCUGGUGGCCCCCGGGGCCCCCGACAUGACCAAGCGUGACUACCUGGUGGAUGCAGCCACGCAGAUCCGGCUGGCCCUGGAGCGUGAUGUCAGUGAGGACUAUGAGGCAGCCUUCAACCACUACCAGAAUGGUGUGGACGUGCUGCUGCGCGGCGUGCACGUCGACCCCAACAAGGAGCGAUGCGAGGCUGUGAAGCUGAAAAUUACCAAGUACCUGCGGCGGGCUGAGGAGAUCUUCACCUGUCACCUGCAGAGGACCCUGGGCGGUGGCACGAGCCCCGGCACGGGCUGCAGCAGCCUGAGGCUCCGGCCUGUCCGCACGCUGAGCUCUGCCCUGGAGCAGCUGAGGGGCUGCAGGGUGGUUGGGGUCAUCGAGAAGGUGCAGCUGGUCCAGGACCCGGCGACCGGAAGGACCUUCGUGGUAAAGAGCCUGUCCAGGUGUCACACAGCGAACCGGGAGCGGCUGACCAUCAUCCCACGUGGUGUCCCCUACAUGACCAAGCUUCUUCGCUACUUUGUGAGCGAGGACUCCAUCUUCCUGCAGCUGGAGCACGUGCAAGGAGGCACGCUCUGGUCCCACCUGCUCUCCCAGGAGCAGCCCCAACAGUGUGGGAUCAGGUCCGGCUCCAGCCCAGAGAGGAUGAAGGCUCCGCUCAACUCGCCCCUCGGCCUCCAGACCCCAGCACUCUUCUCUCUGGGACCCACCCGCCUGCAGGACAGAAUCGUUCAGGAGCCUCCACGGACUUCCCGGAGACUUCCCCCAGCCGGGGAGGCCCCACCCAUCACUUCCCAGAGAGAGGCUGAAGGUGACCCCUCUGCCAGGACCCAUACUUCCCCCACCUCGGACCGACCGAAGGCCCCGGGUGGCCGCCUGCACCUCCAAGCCAGGCGGCGGCCUGGCCAGAGCUCAGAUGGGAGGCCGUCUUGGGGGCUCCCUUGGGUUCAUCAGGGGGCGGUCCGGGUGUUGGGGGCCUGUGGCCGAGGCAAGAGUCCCAGCCUCCCCUUAGCCGAGAGGGUGCGCCCGAGCUCUGGCCGCGGCGCCUGGACGGUGGAGGAAGAGCAGGUGAAGCAGUGGGCAGCCGAGACCCUGCUGGCCCUGGAGGCGCUGCACCAGCAGGGGGUGCUGUGCCGAGACCUCAAUCCCCGGAACCUGCUCUUGGACCAGGCAGGUCACGUCCGGCUCACGUAUUUUGGCCAGUGGUCCGAGGUGGAGCCCCACUACUGCAGGGAGGCCUUGGACAAUCUCUACAGUGCCCCAGAGGUGGGGGGCAUUUCUGAGCUGACGGAAGCCUGUGACUGGUGGAGCUUUGGGUCGCUGCUGUACGAAUUGCUGACUGGCACGGCACUGUCGCAGAGCCACCCCUCAGGAAUCCAGCCCCACACUCAGCUCCAGCUACCGGAGUGGCUCAGUCGCCCAGCGGCCUCCCUGCUGACCGAGCUGCUGCAGUUCGAUCCCGCCCGGCGCCUGGGUGCUGGCGGCGGUGGCGUCAGCAAGCUCAAGGCCCACCCCUUUUUCAGUACCACCCAGUGGAGCAAACUGGUGGGGUAAGAGGGGACAGAGUGGGACAUGGAAGCAGCUGGACUAGUCUGGAUCUUCUCUCCCCUCUGCCUGCCCGUCUAUGCAGUGAGCUCGGGCAAAGGCAGCAGGGCAGCUGGCCUUCCUGCUCUGUUCCUGCCCUGUGCUACCCUGGGCACCAUCGUAACCAUCGCCGCUGCCCUGAAGGGCCUGGGCGUCCCCCUUUUCUGGUCACUGCUGAGGGGAAGGUACAGGGCAGCUCGGACCCCUCCACCCCUCCACCCAUCCACCCUCCAGCCAUCCGUCAGCAGAUCCGUGUACGGAUCACACUGCGGGGUGCCUUCCGCGGCACCAGCUCUCAGCUCCUGACCGCCUGUGGAGCGGAAGGCAAGGUUUCGUGACUCACUGGUGCCACGUGCCCCACUUGGGACACCUCCGGAGACUCCUCUCAGGAUACGGGUCCAUUGGCUCAGCGGACCCAAACAAGGGCUGCCCUGCCUGCUCAUCUAAGCUGAGCAACUAGUGGGCCUCUUCCCUCCCAGGCUGUUCCUGCACGGGGUGGGAGGCUGGGGCGGCGGGGAGAAGUCUGUAAUGGGCAGGAGGCAAGGGGAGGGACGGGAUGACCCACUCCCCACCCUGACCAUGCCCCCUAUCUUGUGAUUUCAGAUUGGAGAACAAAAGGCAGGCACAAGAGGGAAAUAAGCAUAAGAAAAGGGGAGAGAGAGGAAUGCACAGUCUGCCACUUAGAGUCAUUUUGAAAAUAAUAGAAUGAAGAGCUCCCUCUCCCCUCGCACUAGUAUGGAAAGGGGAGCCUACCCCCCUGGGCCUCAAGGCUGGAGCCACUAUCUAUCCCACUUUGUACCCAUUAGGAUUCCCUUCUCAGGCAUUUGUCCUAUUUACUAUUUUACAUUUUCAUCUUGAGGGUCCAUUCAAUUCACUGCCACUGUGACUUCACAAAACACAUGGAAUGAUUGAUUACCUAAGCUUUUAGCCAGAAGCAAAAUGUUUCUGGUCCCUCAAGAGCUGGGGUAAGUAGUUACCCCAAAGAAAAACCCCCUCCCCAGGUUUGGGGGGCCCUCUGAUUCCCCUCAGGGCUCACCCUGUCUUGGGUGUGGUGCCUAAGAAGGAAAUUUCCACCCGACCUCUGUCCCCAACACCUUCCUUCCAGUGUAUCUAUCUCCAACACCACCAGGGGGCGCCUCUGACACCUCUCCAGUCUGGCUGUGAAGCGCCCACUGUAGGGACCACUCCUGCAGAGGAACAGCCCUGCCAGAAGGGAGAGAUUGGAAGGCUCCGCCGGAUAUGCUCCAUGAUCGUCAACAGUGAGCUUGGAGUCCACUAGAAGGUACAAGUUCUGAAUAGUGAAGACAGAGUAGAUGCUGCAGGCACUCAGUAUCGGCCCCCAACCCUUCCCCCCACCCCACCCUCCAGGCCUUGCUUCUCCACUCGAGAUCCAAAUGGGCACGCG